AUGGAGGAGGAUGACGAGAUCCAAUCACCGGCGUCGGGGAGAAGCGGAUCGCCGGAGUCGCCUAGGCAGAACGGUCGGAUAACGGUGACGGUGGCGGUGCCGUCGGCUCAGAUUCCGGCGCCGACGUCGCAGCCCCAGAGCAAGGGCUUGACGCUGGCUCUACCGUCGCAGGGGCAGCAGGGGCGGAGCAGCGGCGGAGGAAGGGAGGACUGCUGGAGCGAAGGAGCGACAGCGGUGCUGAUCGAGGCUUGGGGGGAGAGGUACUUGGAGCUGAGCAGAGGGAAUUUGAAACAGAAGCACUGGAAGGAAGUGGCGGACGUCGUCAGCAGCAGAGAGGACUAUGGUAAGACACCCAAGACUGAUAUUCAGUGUAAGAAUAGGAUCGAUACUGUCAAGAAGAAGUAUAAGCUUGAGAAAUCGAAGAUGGCAGCGGGCGGAGGACCCAGUAAAUGGCCUUUUUUUGAGAGGCUCGAUCAUUUGAUUGGGCCCUCCUCUGCUGCUAAGGUGGGUCCUGGCUCUGGUGGCGGUGGCGGGUUUUUGGCGCACAACCAGAAAGUGCCGAUGGGAAUGCCGGUCGGGGUUCGCCCUGGUCAGUAUUUCGGGCAACGGGACUCGAAACGGGAGGUAAAGAUUAGACCAAGGAGUUUGGUGGAUUGGGACUCGGAUGAGUCCGGGGAGCUGUCGCCUUUUUCGAUUGAUAACGAGGUUUUCGAGCGGAAGAGGCGGAGGAGGACGGUGCCGCCAGAGGCGAAUGUGAACAAUGCUGGUGGCGUGGGAAAGGGAGGGGUUGGAACAAAAGAUGGAGGGGUGGGUAGAGAGAAAGGAGGAGGAGGGUGGGGGAGUUCAGUGAGGGAAUUGACUCGGGCGAUAAUGAAAUUUGGGGAGGCUUAUGAGCAUGCAGAGACAGCAAAGUUGCAGCAGGUGGUGGAGAUGGAGAAGCAGAGGAUGAAGUUUGCCAAGGAGCUGGAGCUGCAGAGAAUGCAGUUCUUCAUGAAGACCCAAGUGGAGAUUUCUCAGCUCAAGCAUGGGGGUGGGAGGAGGAAUGGGAAUGGGAAUGCUGGUAACCAUCAUAGCAACAACAAUAACAGUGAUUGUAGCAACUAG